UUUUCAGUCAGAUUGGGCCUCUUUCUAGGGCUUAUAUAUCUCUGUUAUCAGAUAAUGGUUCGAUCCUCCUCUCUCUCGCUCGCUCUCUCUAGCCGCCUCACUCUUCAACUCUCUCUCUCGCAGCUCUCCUCUCCGAUCAGCUGAUGGCUUGAAGUGCAAGUGCUUGUUUUGGAGGAUGUGAACAUCAGAUGCUAUAAAUUAUUUAUGGUUUUCUUUUAGGGGAUCAUGCAGAUGGGGGCACAAAGUCAAGUGCCUGAACACUAAAUGAUUGUCUAUAUCAUCUGGAUUACAGCAUAGAUCGUGGUCUAAGCUAAGGAAAUACUUGUGUUACAUAUUGCUCCCCUGUUGGAAUUGCUCAAGUUUUAUGCUUCUGUUGGAGCAUGUCCAACAAUAUUGUGUCGCAGCCAUUCCCAGUACCAGGCAAGCAGAUGGAUCCCAUUCCCAACAAGCUAGAAGUGCCAAUACCAAACAUGAGACUGGAUAUGAUAGGUGGUAUGUAUGAUAGUGCUAUGCAGCAAUUUGACAUAUCAAACAAGCAAAUGGGACUGGUGGAACCCAUUUCCGGCAAUGUACCGGCAUUAAAUGGGCCAAGGGGACAUAUGGAGCAGCCGGUAAGCAGCUUUGGUAUGCAGCAGUUUGUGAUGCCAAAUCAGCAGGUAGGUGAUAUGGGAGCCAUGUCAAAUAACCUGGGUGUGCAAUAUAUAUCAUUACCCAGUAAGCGAACAGCCAUGGGAGAACCCAUGUUUAGUAGCCCUAGGGGACAGCGGUCCUUGAUGCCAAACAAGAGUGUGGCCCAAAUGGAGCCCAUGACAGGAAGCCUGGGGUUUCACCAACUAAUUUCAGCAAAUAGAAGAAGUGUACAGGUAAUUUCGCAGUCUGGCAAUCUAGGUUCAGAAUACACACCUGUACCAAAUAAGAAAAUGGCAAGGAAUGAAUCCAUUCCUGGUAGAUCUGGCAAUAAGAAAUUACAGACUCCAAAGAGUAGAACAACACAAAUGGAACCGUCUCCCAAGGGUCGGACUGAGUCAUUUGAAUCUGUAAGGUCAAAGAUGAGGGAAUCAUUAGCUUCUGCCUUUGCUUUGGUUACUCAGAAGCAAGAGAAAGCUUCAAAUGGAGAAGGUAAAGCUGAGAAUGAAGUUGCAAUGCCUCUGCACCAAACACGGCAGGAGUGUCUGGUUGCUGAAUCUGCUUCUGCACCUGCUAAUGCUAUUGACCAUGUAUCUGAAGAUCCUUCUGAGAAUUUAUCCUCAAAAGAAUCUUGUCCUGCAGAUAAAGAUAAUGAUGGACAAAGCACAUUACAGGUACAUUUUACUGAUGGAAGAAUGGAAAAUUCUGCUCACAGUUGGAAUGUUGGACAGGAAGAACAUAAUACUAUCUUGCCCAAUGAAGAUGUUGCCUUUAGUGACAGUUUCUUUGUAAAAGAUGACCUUUUACAGGGAAAUGGACUCGCUUGGGCCUUUGAUGUUGAUGUAGGUCUGGGAGAAACAAAUGAAACUCAAAUUGCCAAAAAGCCAAGGUUGGUAAAUGAGAUGGCAGGUGGAGAAGCGAUAGAGGAAGUGGUAAAAUCUCCUCAAAGCUUGGCUUUUAAAAUUGAAGCAGAACUUUUCAAAUUAUUUGGCGGUGUCAAUAAGAAGUAUAAAGAAAAGGGAAGGUCCCUGUUGUUUAAUUUAAAAGAUCGUAACAAUCCAGAACUACGAGAAAGAGUUAUGUCUGGUGAAAUUUCCCCCGAACGUUUAUGUUCAAUGACUGCAGAAGAACUUGCUUCAAAGGAGCUUUCGGAGUGGCGUAUGGCAAAGGCAGAAGAGAUGGCACAAAUGGUAGUUUUACCUGAUUCAGAUGUAGACAUAAGGCGUCUGGUGAAGAAAACACACAAGGGUGAAUUUCAAGUGGAGGUUGAACAGGAUGAUGGUGUCUCAGUGGAGGUAUCAGUUGGAUCAAGUUCGCUUGAUAGGGUUCAAUCAAAGAGCAAGGGAAGAAAAGCUCACCCCUCCGCCAAAGCUGAUGAAAUCAAAGACAGACGAGACGUAGCUGAGAAGAGUGGUUCAGAAAAUCAAGAUCCAUCAUGUAGCCUUACCAUUCCAAAUGAUGGGACAGAUUUAAUGCAAGGUCUGAUGGUUGAUGAAUUCAAGGAUGCAGAAUUCCUUCCUCCUAUUGUCUCCCUUGAUGAGUUCAUGGAAUCUCUUGAUUCAGAACCUCCAUUUGAGAAUUUACCUGAGGAUGGUGGGAAGAAGUCGACGGCCUCAGGCAAGGGAAGCUCAAGGGUUGGCCGUGAAGAUAAGGCAUCUAAUCUAGCUUCUAAAGAGCCAGAGGACACAGUCCCACAACAGUCUGAUAAGAUGGAUGGUAAAAACACUGAAUCUGAACUGAAGUUGAAAUCAAGGGGAAGUCCUGUGGUAGAACCAAAACCUUCUCCUCCAACUGCUGCAUCUAAAGGUGAUAUGGUCUGGGAAGGGGUCCUUCAGCUUAAUGUAUCAGCGAUGGUAACAGUCACUGGAUUUUAUAAAAGUGGUGAGAAAACAUCAACAAAAGAGUGGCCAAUUUCCCUUGAGAUAAAAGGCAGAGUCAGACUGGAUGCGUUCGAGAAAUUUAUUCAAGAGCUUCACAUGUCUAGAAGCCGUGCAGUGAUGGUUGUUCACUUUGCUUUGAAGGAGGAGGGAUCUUCAGACGGCGACCAUGCAAAUCUAACCGAGGCUGUUCAUUCUUACGUUUUGGACGAGAGAUUGGGCUACGCCGAGCCAGCCCCCGCCGUUGAGCUCUAUUUCUGCCCUCCCCACCAAAAAACACUCGAAAUGCUUAGCAAACACCUCCCCAAGGACCACACGGACCUCCUUAAUUCUAUAGACAAUGGCCUAAUUGGCAUCGUUGUAUUCAGAAGAGCUCAUUUAAGUUCCGCUUUCUCCCCCACUUCGCACCACAAACACGGCUCCAAAAGGCACCAGCCCUUCGCGUCUAGGCGACACCAAGACAAAUACUUGACUAUGAAUGCAGACUAUACAUCUUCCCCCACCCCACCUGCCAAAUCUCAACCACCCGUAGAGGAUGAUGACAACGACGACGAUAUUCCUCCCGGGUUUGGCCCUGCUGCUGCCCGGGAUGAGGAUGACCUCCCAGAGUUUACAUUCACCGGCCCCUCCAAUCCCCAUCCGUCCCGGGGGCGCCCGGGCGUGGGUCCUUUGAACCGAGCCUCCUUGGCUCCGAGGCCUGUAGAGAAAAUUAGAGAGCUUAUACACAAAUAUGGGCAGCCUGGGAACAAUCCCGUUCCCACUCCGGGGAAUGUUGGGGCUGGGCUAAGGACGUGGGAUGAUGACGACGACGAUGAUAUCCCAGAGUGGCAGCCCCAGCCCCAGCCCCAGCCUCACAUUGCUUUGCAACCUCCCCGGCCUCCCGUCCAUGACUUCCGGCAGUCACUGCCGCAUUACGCUAACCAACUUCCGGGGGUAGCAAUGCCAGUGCAGACUCCGGUUAACAUGGUACAAAGUAGAGGUCCGGGCUGGCAGCAGCAGGGUGGUAGGUGGGUGCAGCCGCCGGGUCCCCACCCCCUACAGCAUGGCAAUUUAGUUGGCCAGACCGGCGGUAGACAGUUCGUUGGAGCUUCGCCGGUGCUGCCGGCAGGGCAGUCCGGCAUGGAGUGGAGACGAAGCAGGGGUUUUUGAUCUCUCUAAUGUAUUUGUACAUAACUUAGUUUUUCCUUUUUUUUUUUCCUCUAAAGAUACGUGCUGUUCUGUUACUAUGGAUCUCCUGUGGGCAUGGCAUCCGUUUGCUUGUAAAUCUUUUAGAAUCAGUUCCAACGUUUUGACAUCUUUAUAAUCUGACAAUAUAAUUUCCACCCGUUGGGAAUAA